AUGGCACAGCACGAUAUUUCGACUCAUCUUGCCCCUGGCGUGACCAUGGCCAACAACGACGAUGAGAUUACUAUCAAGAUUAUGACCAAGCCGCCGUCCGAUGAAUCCAACAGCCAGGACACGCGUGCUCUGUGGUAUGCAGCCUACGCGCGCCUGCGAGAGAGGCACAAAGAGGAACUGGUCGACUUUGAGAAACAGGUCCGCAGCAUCUUUCGGCUUUUGCAGGGGAGCAGCGGUGCCAAUGUCCAUGUGCGUUUCGCCAUGACAGGCUUGCACAAUCUGGCGCCGAAUAUGGUGCUGGAUUCCGUUCGCCGCUGGAUUUCGGAGCCAAGAGCAGAGGAAGACGACGACGAAGAGAGAGACAAAGUGUGCCGUGCUUUGAAAUCGACCUUGACUAAGUUGAGCAGAAACAUACAGGAAAGCCCGAAUGCGCACCUGGCGUGGAUCGCGGCGUGUCUAUGUAUUCAGAAACUGGUCAAGGGCCCAAAACCCACAUGCGAGGCCCCCUGGCUCGCAUACAUUGUAGCGCGCAUUGCCUUUUAUGACCGCCUGUCGCAAGUCAUUUACAAGGCGCCACGGGACGAUGAAAAAGGCCCUAAUUCGCCCCAUGAGUUCCUCGUCGAUCUGUACUCGGCCAUACUCGAGCAACUAGUCGUUGUCCUCGCGCUCGACCGUGCGCCACAAGAAAUGCGCCGACAGCAAAAGCAGAAAACAUUUGCUCAGCUAAAAGUGGGCGUGAAUAGCGCGUUACUGCAUCCAAUUACCGCACUCGAGUUUUCCCUGGGGUUUCAUGCCCGAGACAAGACGCUGGAAGAGAGUGUCGCUGAGCUCGUGUGUCUGCGGGCGCCGUCCUUGGCUAUUCUCGGCAGCGAUGACCGAGAUGCUCGCGAGGCAGUCAACGACACAAUGACAGCCGAAGGCGGCGGCGGCGGCGAUAAUCGUGAUCCUGGUAACGAUUUCAGUCAUCCCGCCUAUCGCGAUGUCAGCAACGCCAACGCUACUGCCGAACGCAACAGUAAUGAUAGUUUCAUUAGCAGGAAACUUCCGUUGGAUGGAUUGAAAAGCGUGCUCGGGGGCCUUCGUCGCUGGGCGUUGAAACAGGAUGCGUACCAGCAAUGGCACAAGGCACGCAGCGCCGAUCAUGGCCAUUCAAAUGACCGCGUUCUCUGGCUUCACGGCCCGGAGGGCUCAAGCAUGACGCUGCUGCUGCACGCGCUCGCGCAGGCAGAAACCGAGAACCAGGCUCGCAUAUUGGACCCCGAGUGGGCGCCGUACGCCGUUGCAUGCGCCUCUUGGGACUGGUCUCGGGACGUGAAUGGCACGUCUGUGGUGUCAGUCUUGCGCGACCUUAUAUGGACGGUGCUCACUACCCAACCGAUACUGCAGAAGCACCUAGCCAACACUGUGCAGGUGGUGGGCCGGCGCGCGCUCCUCGGAGGUAACGGUAGUGACUCACAGGCGCGGUACGCCGCGCUGGGCACGUCUGGUGACUUUUAUGCCAUGCUGACGCUGCUGUGCAGCAUCGUGCGCGAUCAGGACUUUGAGCCGACGUGUUUUGUCGUUGAUUACAGGGAGAUGCUGUGGGAUGACGACGACGACGGCCAUAUUGGUGAUCAGGCCAAAGGGAAUGAGUCGUGCAAAGAGGGCCGCGAUGGCUCGGCCAGCACCGCACAAAAACGGGCCUGGACGCUCCGCGACUUGAUGGAGCUCGUGCUCACGACGUGUCGCCUGUCGGGCAAAGUGAUCUGGAUUGUUAGGUCCAUGUCUUGUUUACCACCGUCGUCGUCGAUAGGUGGCUGCCACCUCUAUCCGCCUGAGGAGCCGUUGCUUAGCGAAAUCAUGCACGACUAUAUCCGAGCCCUGAUGCUAAAGUGGAAUGAUUCGAGAUAUACCCCGGAAAUACAAAAAGAGCUCGCUAGCAAGCUCACCGGCCGAGCUGGCGGCAAUGUUGCCUGGGCCACACUAGCCGUUGAUCUUGUCGCCCGAGUCCGAUUCUCGUGGAACGCCAUCCCCUUUAUGCAGCGCCUGCCCGACAGCAGCGCGGGCUUGGGCCCUCUUCUGGACUGUAUCAUCAAGAGUAAUGCCAGCGACAGUGACAGUGAUAGCGACCGGGCACUCCUGAACGCCGCGUUAAAGACGGCCGCGCUCGCGUUCCAGCCUCUCACUGUGCCGGAUCUGGCCGCCCUUGCCGGGCUGCCGGCCACCGUGGACGCUGCUAGUUUCUUGGAUAUCCUCGCGCGGCCGCUGCUCGAGUUCCGGGAAGUUGACAAUGCAAGAGGGAAAAUCAAGAAAUACGUAUACUUUCCGAGCCGAGCUGUGUUGGCCGCCCAGCGCGCACGUCUAGGGAAGGCCACUCCAGCGCCCGACCUGCACGCCGACAUGGUUUGUCGCCACCUGCGCCAGCUCACACAGCACUAUGGUCUUACUGGCCGUAGAACGAAGCGCCGUGGAAAGCAGCUCUCGCCGUAUAUGCAAAUCGCAUGGCUGCGGCAUCUAGACCUUGCAGGCGUUGGCAUUGGUCGGACAGGCCAUCAGUCAGUAACGGACUUGCUGACGGCUGAGGUGCGUGGUUUCGUUGCGCAGAAUGCGAGUGCAUGGGUCCGCGACCUGGAUGCGCUCAGAGUUCUUCCUGUCGUCGGUCGCAUGCUGCAGGACCUGCUCCCAUCUUCUCGUGGGCUCGGGCGUCUGUCGCCAACGCAGGCUGCGCUGAAUACCCUGAGUACGCGCAUUCUGCGUUCGCAGGAGAUGGGCAUGUCCGUGACCGAUUGCGAUCGAUUCAUGCACAUAGUAGGUUGCGAAAACCAUGGCGACAAUAGCAAUUUGCCCGUCCUACCUCAAGUUCCACCGAUGUUGCCGCCCUUGGACAACUCGACAACAGCGUUCAUCGGUAUCGGUACGCUGCAGGGCCAUUCCAAGUCGGUCCGCGCCACGCACUUUGCCUAUGACGGCCGACUCAUUGUGUCCGUAUCGGACGACGAUACGCUGCGGUUCUGGGACCGGGCAUCAUGCACUAUCCAGCACGUUGCGUUACACAAAUCGCGGUUGGAUUUCAAUCAACUCGUUCCCUCGCCAACGAAUUCCAGCUUGGUUGUUACUGGGGGAUUGUGGGGCAUUUCAACCUUUAAUCUCGCCACUGGCGGUGUCCAGGUGGAGAGAAUUACCUUGGGUGAAAUUGUGGUUAAGUGGCGUAAUCAACAGAAGAAGCAGAACAAGUAUGCUGUCUAUAACAUACUUGAACGGUUCUCCAACGUACGCUUUGCCGUAGAUGGCUCCGAGGACCUCAUUGUCACCUGCUACCCACAAGACGCGUGCGACCACGAGCCGCGCGAGGUCGUCCUGGGGUUACCGGGAUUUGAUCUGAAAGAGGUGCGGCGCACUUCAAUACGCUAUAAAAGCCUACCCAUGGUCAUAAAAGACGCGCUGCCCGAGUCCGAGUGCCUGGAUGCCAGCGUGGCUGAUAAUGUGGAACUGGCCGCCGUCGUCCACAACGACGGCAAUCUGCUCAUCUACAAUACCAAGCUGGCAGAACGGCAGCAGACGCUACACUUGGCGCAGAGAAGAUUUGCCCGCGUGCGAUAUGAUUCCAACACCCGCGCCUUUGUCACCUGGGACGAGAGAGACCGUGUAAUGCUCCAUCUCGUCUACGAAAGAGGAGAUCAACUUGAACAAGUAGAACGUGGUGAACAUGGAGAAAGAGAGCCCAUGAAGCUAUUGUACCGGCCGCUUAUCCGAUCGCAUAGUCUCCCGUAUCCGCAUCCGCAAUCGAGAUUGCUGUCGUUUGGGCUCUCUAGCGAGCGAGAUGAGAUUAUACUCACCUUCACAGACACGAACUCAUGCCAGAUUUACAGAUUCAUGGAGGCAGACGCCGACACUUGCAAUAAUGCCGCCUGUGUCGACAAUGCCCCUCACAUCAGCAGCCCGGAAAUCAAAACGACUAUUUUCUCCCACGACGGCUUACGGGCGGCCACGUCUAACAGAAACGGUCAAGUCCAGCUCUGGAGCCUCCCGAAGAUGGCUACCAGCGAGAGCGAGACCUCAGAUGCCUCUCCCACCACUUUAUGGCGUACAAUGUCAUCAGAGGGCGCUAAAUCUGCAGUCAUCUGGCUUUGCUUUUCUAGCGACGAUACACAGCUGCUGGCGUGCUACGGCAACGGUCAGACGGUCGUGUGGGACACCAAAACUUGCGAGCGCGUUGCCGUCAUGGGUGAAGAUGGACUCUGCGCGUACUACGCCAUUUUUUCGCCGGGAGACGCGCUCGUGGCCACUGUCCACCCCGGUGAUAAAACUAUCCGCUUGUGGGACCUACAGGCGUGCAGGCAAUUGUAUUCAGACGCUCACAGGAUAGGUGACGAUGGUAAUGAUGACGAUAAACCGACACCCACCACUGAACAAACUUUCGUUGCGCUGAAUGACGCGGCCAUAGACACGACUACUACGGUUGCCUUCUCGCCAGACGGACGCCUCCUCGCCACGUCCGGCAGCUUCAUCCAUAUCUGGGACAUUUCGCCGGAUUCUGGAUUCAACAUGAGCCAAGAAGAAGAUGAUGACGAUGAUGGCGAUGAUGACGAUGAUGACGAUGAUGACGAUGAUGACGACCUGGGAUGCAUCAGCUUCGCGUUCUCACCGGACAGCCGCUCUCUCUUUGGGUUCUGUAGUGGCGGCCUUCUUCUUGUGUGGAAGCGCGCACUGGACCCUCCUUCAUUGUCUACAUCCUCAUCUCUGAGCAGUGACAGCUGGCAGCCACGGGCCACCAAACUCGCUGGCGGCUUCAAGAUCCCACGUCAGGACGGUCUCUGGACCUACGUGCCCCGCCGGCUGUCCAUCUCGGAGGAUACAGAAGGACGCUAUCUGCUGCACACCGAGAUUGGUGUUUGGGAGCUCCCGUCACUGCCCGUCGACGACAAAGUCGGGCUGCGACCCUCGGUGCGCCACCCUUGCAGUGUCGUCAGGACCGGUUGGCACAUGGCCAUCCUCUGGCAGAACCGGAUGCUUACCAAGUUGCCGAGGAUAUACUCGCCGUCUCCUCCCGGCUUCUUGCAAAGCUUCGCAUGCGAUGUUCACACUGUCGACGGAUCCACGAGCAGUCUCCUCAUCGGCACCAUGACGGGUCAUCUUUUCUGCUUUCGGUUCCGGGGCAAGGAAAAAAUCACCAAGGCGUCUAAAGAGAUAGACUCAGCAUGA